AUCGUUGCUGGUCCGUGUUUUGCUCAACGGGAAACUUGUUACUGCCGUUGUGUCCUUGCCAAAGCACGCGAAGAAAGUUGACCGCAUGUCUCAGAGCUACUGGUCCCCAGUGGUGCGAUUGGGAGGUCUUCCAAUACAGCGUCUGGCGAUCCUGUUCCCCCUCUCCUUUUCUCCUCCUCUACUCCCCAGCUCCGACCAAGUUGGAACUCCGCACACAACUAUUCGAGACAUUCAUCAUGCAUUUGAAGCUGUGAGUUACCAGACUACUGUCCCGCGGAGCUUUUCGCGGGGUCCUAUCGGUGACCACGGGCUUCAUUACCUGCGGCCCGAAGGACCAUUCCUGAUUGCAGUGACCUAAAAGUCCUGCCGAUCAUGACAGUGUUACAACUAGGUACCUAGUACUAGUGACUGCACAUCAUGCACAGACCGGGUUCUGACCAAUGACUAACCUCGCCCACGCUUGAUCAACCUGUGCCGGCAGAUCGACCGCAAGAACACUUAACCGGAUCCAGACAGCGGCUUAGCCAUCUGUGUCCAUCUUGAAAGAUAGUCAACGUGCCCUUUUUAGUUGCUCUUCAUGGCUUCCUUGUGCAAGGCCAACUCCCCUGAGGCCCUCAAAAUCCGGCAUGUUGCUUCUACUGGUAGCGGAGAGCGUGGUGUUGGGGACUCAGCCCAGGGCAACUCUAUUUCGGAAUCUAAUCAUUGGGAAUCCGCGCACUAG